GUAUUAUUAAGAAGAGGUAACAGCAGUGCAUCUGUAAUUUUUUCCCUGUUUGUGUAUGUUUGGUGUACAUGAGUGUGUGCAUACAGAUUCUGCAUCCCAGUGUGUCCUGAUGACCUGGUGACCAUAAACAGCUAAGAAUUGACUGACAUGGAGGGAGGGGAGGCCCCAGCUGCUCCAGUAUGUGCUGACCAAAAAGAAGAAGUGACGAAGGUGGUGGGAGAGAUAGUAGAAUCUUUCCAGGAGACGGUUGAAACAACGGUGACGACUCUGACUACAGUAGUGGAAACGACUACAAAGAUGGAGGUGGAGAUAAAGGAGGAGGUCCAAAGUGACAAAACGAAAGAAGAAGAGGAGAAGAAAGAAGAGGAGGAGGAAGAAGAGGAGGAAAAUGAAGCAAAGACAGAAGACGAAGAAGAAACUGAAGCAGAGAUGGAGGGGAAAGAGGAGGAGAGUGGAGGAGAAGAGGAGAGCCGAGCUAGGAAGUUGUUAGAUGCCUGGGAGACUGAGGCAUCCUCGGAUUCAAAGCCUCCUCUCCCAGACCCAGCAUUUAACCGGAGGUGCAGCCUGCUUGUCAGUGAUGUGAAGUAUAAAGAGGACUUUGAGAAGAUGAGGGGACAGAGUAUGUUUGUCCCAGGAGCCGAACUCAUCCACUCCAAGAAUAUCAGCGCCGUCAUAUCUGAGUCAAAGUACAAAGAAGAGGGAAAGAAGGAGGCAUCCAUGUCUCUGUACUCCAUCCUGCCUGAGACUCCUGAGACCCAACGAGCCAGAGAGGCCUCAGAGCUGCUCAGUGAGGUCAAAUACAAAGGAAACAUGAAGACAGAGAUCUCCACCUCUCUUUAUUCUCUGCUGCCAGAAACAACAGAAACACAGUUUGUUAAAGAGCUGACUGAGAUGCUAAGUGAGAAUAAAUACAAGGAGGAAGGAAAGAAGGAGAUGAGCACCAGUUUGUACUCUCAGCUUCCUGAAACCUUGGAGAUGCAGCUCGCCAAGGCCGUUCACGAGUUCCAGAGCGAGAAAAAAUACAAAGAAGAAGGGAAGAGAAAGGCCUCUAUCUCCCUCUAUUCCCAGCUCCCUGAAACUCCAGAAAUACAGCACGCUCUGGAGGUUUCACAGCUGCAGAGUGAGGUGAACUAUCGGCCUAAGCUGCUGGUUAAAGGAGCUCCGACCUCACUCUACUCUCAGCUUUCAGACACAACAGAGAUCCAGUUUGCCAGAGAGAUGACCGAGAUGCAGAGUGAGAGUAAAUAUAAAGAAGGUGGCAGGAAGAGCCUCUCCCAGAGUUUCUACUCUCAGCUCCCAGAGACGGCUGAGAUCCAGUUUGCCAAAGGUGUUGCUGAGCUGCAGAGCCAGACGCGAUACAGGGAAGCAGGCAAGAAAGGCGUGAACUCGUGUUUAUACUCUCUUCUACCGGACACUUUGGAGACGGCUCACGCCAGGGAAGUGUCUGAGCUGCUCAGUGACGUGAAGUAUAAAGAGGAUGGUAAGAAGGAUAUGAGCAUGAACCUUUACUCCGUGAUGCCUGAAACCAUCGACACCCAGCACGCCAAAGAGGUGUCAAACCUGCAGAGUGAGGUGAAGUAUAAAGAAGGUCUGAAGCAGAGGAUUCAGAGCAGUUUGUACCAUCAGCUCCCAGAGACCACAGAGAUGCAGCUGGCCAAGCAGCUGUCUGACCUGCAGAGCGAGAUAAAGUAUAAAGAAGCUGGAAAGAAAGAAGCAAACAGCUGCUUGUACUCUCUUCUUCCUGAAACUCUGGAGACUCAACACGCUAGAGAGGCUGGAGAGCUGCUCAGUGAGAUUAAGUACAAAGAAAGUGGGAAAAAGGAGAUGUCCAGCUCCCUUUACUCCACGAUGCCGGGCACGUCAGAAACCAGCUUUGCCAGAGAGAUGAGUGAUAUGCUCAGUGAGACAAAGUAUAAACAGGACAGCCUAAAGAGCCUCUCACAGAGCGUCUACUCUCAGCUUCCAGAGACCACUGAGACUCAGUUUGCUAAAAAUGUGUCUGAGCUGCAGAGCGAGAUGAAGUACAAAAAGGGAAAGAAAGACGUGUCCAGCUCUCUAUAUUCCACUCUGCCGGAGACUCUGGAGACGCUGCACGCCAAAGAAGCUUCAGAGCUGCAAAGCGAGCUGAAGUACAAGGAGACUCUGAAGAAAGGUCGUUCCUCCAUUUUGUUCCACCAGCUGCCCGAGACGAUAGAGACGGCUCAUGCUAGAGAAGUCUCCGAGCUCCUCAGUGAGGUGAAGUAUAAAGAGGACGGUAAGAAGGAGAUGAACAUCAACCUUUACUCUCUGAUGCCUGAAACCAUCGACACCCAGCACGCUAAAGAAGUCUCAAACCUGCAGAGUGAGGUGAAGUAUAAAGAAGGUCUGAAGCAGAAAACCCAUAACAGUUUGUACCAUCAGCUCCCAGAGACCACAGAGACUCAGCUGGCCAAACAGCUGUCAGAGCUGCAGAGCGAGAGCAAGUACAAGGAGGCUAGUAAGAAAGAGGUGAAUAAAUGUCUGUACUCCCUGAUGCCUCACACCAUGGAGACUCAGCACGCUAAAGAAGCUGCAGAGCUGCUCAGUGAGAUCAAAUACAAAGAAGGUGGGAAAAAGGAUAUGGCAAACUCUCUUUACUCCACCCUCUCUGACACGUCAGAAACCAGCUUCGCCAGAGAGAUGACCGACAUGUUGAGCGAGAACAAGUACAAGGAGGACGGGAAGAGAAGCCUCUCUCAGAGCUUCUACUCUCAGCUGCCGGAAACAUCCGAGACUCAGUUUGCUAAAAGUGUCUCUGAGCUGCAGAGCGAGAUAAAGUACAAAGAAGGAGGUAAGAAAGGAGCAUCGAGCUCUCUGUACUCAACUCUACCAGAGACUCUGGAAACACAACACGCUAAAGAGGCAUCUCAGCUGCAGAGCAAGCUGAAGUACAAGCAGAGCUCAAAGGACUCCUCCAGUCUGUUCCACCUGAUGCCUGAAACCAUCGACACACAGUUCGCCAGAGAGCAGACAGAGAUGCUCAGCGAGGUGAAGUACAAAGAAGAGGGGAGGAAAGAGAUGAGCGUUAACCUGUACGCUCUGGUCCCUGACCCCCUCGACACCCAGCAUGCUAAAGAGCUCACGGACUUGCAGAGUGAGAUCAAAUACAAAGAAGCCGGUAAGAAGCAGACGUCAUCGUCUCUUUAUCAUCGUCUUCCUGAAACUCUGGAGACGCAGCACGCCAAAGAGGCUUCACAGCUGCAGAGUCAGAUUUUAUAUAAAGAAGCUGUGAAGAAGGAUUUGUCAUGUCCAGUUUACCAUCAGCUGCCAGACACUUUGGAGACACAGUUCGCUCGAGAGCUCACCGACAUGCAGAGCCACAACAAAUACAAGGAGGAUGGAAAGAGAAGCCUCUCUCAGAGCUUCUACUCUCAGCUGCCAGAAACCAUUGAGACUCAUUUUGCUAAAACCGUCUCUGAGCUGCAGAGCGAGAACAAGUAUAAGAAGUCUGGGAGGCAGGAGGCCGGCAGCUCUCUGUUCUCAGUGAUGGCUGAGACUCUGGACACUCAACACGCUAAACAAGCCUCACAGAUACAGAGUCAGGUGAAGUACAAAGAGGACAUGCAGAAGGAGAUGGCGUCCACUCUGUUCUCCAGCCUCCCUCAGACCCUUCAGACCGAGUUAGCCAAAGAGGUGACGGAGCUCCAGAGUCAGUUGAAGUAUAAGGAGGGCUGUAAGAAGGACACCUCCUCUUCUCUGUAUCACCUCCUCCCUGAGACAGCAGACACACACUUCGCCAAACAGAUGUCAGAGAUCCAGAGCGAGGUGAUGUACAAGAAGGACAAAGAGGAUCUACCCAACACGCUCUACAACCUGCUGCCUGAAACUCUGCAGACUCAGUUUGUUAAAGAGAUGGCUGAGACGCACAGUGAGGUGAAGUACAAGCAAGCGGGGAAGCAGCAGACGACGUCAUCUCUUUACUCCAAACUUCCUGAAACUCUGGAGACCAAACACGCCAAAGAAGUGGCCGAACUACAGAGUGAUAAAAAGUACAAAGAGGAAGGGAAGAAGGAGAUGGCAUCGUCUCUCUACUCUCAGCUCCCUGAAACGUCUGAGACCCAGUUCGCCCGAGAGAUGACUGAGAUCCAGAGUGAGAACAAAUACAAGGAGAGUGGGAAGAGGAGCCAGAUGGUUAGUGUUUACUCCCAGCUUCAAGAAACCAACGACAUCCAGUUUGCCAAAGCUGUUUCUGAAUUACAAAGUGAGACUAAAUAUAAAGAAGCAGGGAAGAAAGAGGCUUCCAGCUGCCUGUACUCAAAACUGCCAGAGACUCUGGAAACUCGGCAUGCUAAAGAGGUUUCAGAGCUGCAGAGUCAGGUGAAAUAUAAACAGGACGUUAAUAAGGAGACGAGUGGAACUCUGUAUCACCAGCUUCCUGAAACCACAGAGACACAGCUAGCCAAAGAGCUGAGAGAUGUUUACAGCGAGGUUAAGUAUAAAGAAGGGGGGAAAAAGGAGAUCAGUAAGAACUUGUACUCACAACUCCCUGAGACGGCAGAGACUGAGUUUGCAAAGCAGAUGUCAGAGAUACAGAGCGAGGUAAAGUACAAGAAGGACAAAGAGGAUCUGCCCAACACACUGUACAACCUGCUGCCUGAAACUCUGCAGACUCAGUUUGUUAAAGAGAUGGCCGAGACACACAGCGAGGUGAAGUACAAGGAAGCAGGAAAGAAAGAAGCCAGCAGCUCUCUGUACCACCGGCUGCCUGAGACUUUAGAGACGCAGCACGUUAAAGAGGUCACUGAGCUGCAGAGUGAGAACAAGUACAAGCAGAGUGGGAAGAUGUUGAUGUCGUCUAGUCUGUACUCUCAGCUGCCGCAGACGGCGGAGACACAGCUCGCUGCUAAGAUGUCGGACAUGCAGAGCGAGAGUAAAUACAAAGAGGACGGCAUCAGGAGCCUCUCUCAGAGCUUUUACUCUCAGCUCGCUGAAACCGCAGAGAUUCAGUUAGCUAAAAGUGUCUCUGAGCUGCAGAGUCAGGCCAAGUACGCAGAGGCAAGCAGGAAGGAGGCGAGCAGCUGUCUGUACCACCAGUUACCUGAAACUCUGGAGAUGCUACAUGCUAAAGAGGCUACUGAGCUGCAGAGUCAGGUGAAGUAUAAAGGAGGUAAAAAGGAUCUGAGCACUAACCUUUACUCUGCGCUGCCUGAGACAGAAGAAAUGAAGAUCGCUAAAGCUGCCAUGGAGCUUCAGAGCGAGAAUAAAUACAAGCAGAAAGGCAGACAGGAGAUCAGCAGCAGCAUUUUCCACCAAAUGCCGGAGACCAAAGAGAUGGAGUUUGUGAAGCAGAUCUCUGAAGUUCAGAGCGAGACAAAGUACAAGAAGGACAAAGAGGAUCUACCCAACACGCUGUAUUCUCUGCUGCCUGAAACUCUGCAGACUCAGUUUGUCAAAGAGAUGGCCGAGAUGCACAGCGAGAGUAAAUACAAAGAAGCGGGUAAGAAGGAGCUGGUAAACUCUCUGUACUCUCUGCUGCCAGAGACCAAAGAAACUCAACACGCCAAGGAGCAAAGUCAGCUGCACAGCGAGAAAGUGUACAGGGAGGAGGGUAAGAAGGAGGCUGGCUCCAGCCUGUACGCUCAGAUGCCCCAAACUAUUGAGACGGUGUUCGCUAAGGAGCUGACCAAGACGCAGAGUGAUAAGUUCUAUAAAGAGAAGUAUAACCGUGAGAAGGGGAAGUCCAGCUACACCAACAUGAAAACUCUGCCUGAGGUGGAGCACGCCAUGGAGGUCAACAGGAACCAGAGCGAGGUCAGCUACAGAAAAGGCAAAGAGGAUCUCCAUCACUACAACACGGUGGCAGACAGACCGGACAUCGUCAACGCCAGCAAUGCUGCCAAACUGGCCAGCGAUGUGGCAUAUAAAAGUAACACAAAUCAGCCAGUUUACAGCGACGGAUCCUUGUUGGAUCGAACGGACAUCCAGCAUGCCAAGGAGGUUUCAAAACUGGCCAGUCAGGUGAAGUAUAAGGAGAGUUUCGACAAGGAUUUAAAGGGCCAGCGUCCUUGUUACAACCCUCUGGAUUGUCUCUCCUUCAAACACACACAAGCUGCCUCUGCUCUGGCCAGUCAGGUGAAGUAUAAGACCAACAGGAACCAGAAACCAGAAGGUUCUUCAGACCUGCCAAACCUCCUGCAGCUGGAACAUGUUCUGCACGCCAGCAAACUGCAGAGUAACGUGGAGUACAAGAAGAAGUAUGAGCAGAACAAGGCUCACUACCACAUUGCUUUAGACACAGCUGAACAGCUCCACCACAAGGAGAACGCUGUGCUGCACAGCCAGGUGAAGUACAGAGAGGAGUAUGAGAAGAACAAAGGCCGCUCUCAGAUGGAGUUUGGAGACACUCAGACAUAUAAAGUGUCUAAAGAAGCUCAGAAGAUGCAGAGUGAGAGGGAGUAUCGGAGGGACUAUGAGGAACAGAUGAAGGGGAAAGCUUUGGUUGAUGUUGACCAGACACCUGGAUACCUGACAGCUCGGCACGCUAGCAGCCUGCUGAGUGAGAAGGAGUACAGGAAAGACCUGGAGCAGGAAGUGAAGGGGCGGGGCUUAUCUGGCAUUGGUCUGGAGGAAACACCGGAGCUGCUGAGGGUCAAAAAAGCCAGUCAAAUACUGAACGAGAAGGAAUACCGUAAAGAUCUAGAGAGGGAGAUCGUAGGUAAAGGGAUGGAGCUGAGCAACGACGUCCUGGAAAUUCAGAGAGCAAAGAGAGCCUCAGAGAUCCAGAGCCAGAGGUCUUACAAGCAGAUGGAUCAGCUGAGAGAAAACUCAUACGGGACGGUUACAGACACACCUGAACUGCUGCACGCCUCCUACCUUAAAGACGUCUACAGCCAGAAAAAGUAUAAAGAUGAGGCAGAGCGUCUGAAGGGACACUACAGUCUGGUCUCAGAGACACCAGAGAUGGAGAGAGUCAGAGCCAACCAGAGACACAUCAGUUCUCUGCGGUACUGCUGGGACUCAAAGCUGAUGAGAGGUCUGAUGUCUUCAGUCACAGAAACACCAGAAAUCGUUCUUGCCAGAGAGAACGCCAAAAAGAUCAGUGAUGUCAAGUACAGAGAGGAAGUGGGCUGUGGAACCGCUGUUAUGGACACACCGGAGAUGGAGCGAGUCCGACGAAACCAGGAGAACAUCAGCUCAGUUAAGUACAAACAGAGUGCGGUGAAGGCUGUCAGCGUCGGCGUGACUCCUGAACUGGAGAGAGUCCGACAGAACCAGGAGAACAUCAGCUCGGUGAAAUACCAGCGUGGUCUUCAGGAGCUGAGGGGGAGGAGCUGCACUGAGCUGGACACGCCUGAGUACAGGCGCGUCAGGAAGACGCAGGAUUCCGUCUCCAUGGCCAAGUACCAUGAGGACUUUGAGCGGUCGCGCGGUCGAGGCUUUACACCAGGAUUGGAUGACCCCAGCAUGGAACGCUACCAGAGAGCCAAUCAGAUGAUGGGAGAAGCGGGAUACAGCAAAGGGAUCCACCCCCAGAUGACGGAGAUGGACAGACGACCGGGAGGCAUCAUCGUAGCUCCCGUCCUUCCUGGAGCAUAUCAUCAGGGUGUCCAGAUGCAGCAGCAGCAGCAGUAUCACGGCUACAUGCACCAGACCAGCAUGUCAUCAGUCAGAUCCGUCACCUCCCCGCCACACUCAGCCACCAUGCGUGUUUACCGAGCGCUGUACGACUAUGUGGCUCAGGACCACGAUGAGGUCUCAUUCAGGGACGGCGAUGUCAUCAUCAACGCUCAGCCAAUUGAUGAAGGCUGGAUGUAUGGCACCGUGCAGAGAACCGGAAAGUCGGGCAUGCUGCCGGCGAACUACGUGGAGUGUUGCAACUAGAAGGGGAGGAAGGAAAGAGGUCAGGGAGGGCUAAAAUGUACAAAUAAGAUCCUACAUCACUGUUAGAAAAUCAGCGGCAGGUGAUGCUCUGUGUAUUUCAGGGAUCAGUCACAUUCUCCAACAACAUAUCUUAAAACUUUUACAAUAAAAUGAAGCUUUCACUUUUUCAAUCAAGCAAAGAGAGCCCAUCAAAUCCAUAAAAAACAAUCAGCCAAUUCUACAGAGCUGUAUUCAUCUUUUCUUGUUUUUGAAAGGCAUUUUGGGAAAUGUAGGAGAUUACUUACUGGGUGGAAAUGAGAAUUCAAAGCUGUCCAAGGGUAAAUUACAUGAUUAGAAAAUAACCGCUGGAAUACAUGGAACAUCACAGACUGCUGAUUCAAGUCUAAAGAGUAUCUGGAGUUGGAAAUGAGGAGAGUGAAGCUAAGGUAUAAAUCCAGCAUGCUGUCAAUACAUUAGGUCAAAUCUUUCAUGUAGAGGAAGGAACAAAAGAGGAAGGAUGCAUGAAAGAGGAAGGUUUGAGGGCUUAGAGACUUUUGAUUAUAUUUAAAGCCUGGAACAAUCUUUAUUAGACUAUCAACUUGGAUUUUUUUCAAGAAUUCAAGCAUAAUAUGAACAAGAAAAGUAAAAAAUGGAAAAUAAAACAGGUGAUCAGGAUGGGAUGUUUAUGGACAAGUCUGGUGAUAAUCUUUAUUUCUAUUAUUUUCUAUUAGUUGCAUUAAAAUAAAUACUGUUGAGGGGUAUAUUUGCUAAACAUGUAUGGAAACAGAUAAUAGCUCAGUAAUAUGUGCAUUUAGUGUUUUGUUAUUUGCUAAAUCUCUACGUCUUAUUCAUAAGGCAUGUCGUCUUUUUAAUAUUCAAGUGCAAAAAGACACUUAUUUGCAGGAAGCUCUUGUUUUUCACCAGAUUGUGCAGCAAGGCUGUUUUCAACUGCACGCUCUGCUGCAUGGAGCUUUGCUUACAGAGUUCACUGCUUUUCACACAUAGAUGCUGAAGGGCUUGAGAGAAGGGGGCAACACAAAAUGAUUUUAAACCCGACCCCCAGCCACCCAAAAGACAGAGGUGGUGUUCUAAUUUAAGGCUAACUGCAAACAUUUAUUCGUACAAAUAAUCCCUAAAUUGUGUGACAUCACUAAAAUUAUUUCACUGUUCUCAAUUAAGUUUCCUUAAACAUUUUAUUUCUAUAUUCAUUUGCAUUUGCAAUUAUAAAGAAACAUUUUCCCCAAACAAUACAAUUAUCAAUUGAAAAAUAUUCUGGCGCUGUGUACAAGGAUAAAUAUCUUCAGCAGUCCAGAUGUGUUUAUUCAUAUUUAUUUAUUUUUCUUCAAAUGAUAAUGUUGUCUGUUAUUUCACCAGUAAAUUUAGUGUUAACAUCAUCUGUGAUGCAUUGCAAAAGGCCGCAGGCCUAUUAUCAUACUGUAAUCACCAUGGACGGUUAUAAAGGCUUUUAUUUUGACACGAGGGCUUUUAUUUUUAUUUUUCCAUUUCUUAUUGGUCCAUAUUUUUACCAGUUUUUUCCAAGUCUUUCUUUAGAACAAGAAAACAAAAAACAGA